AUGUCCGUCGCGGAGACUCUUAGGGACGUUUUCAAUCAUAUCGCCUUACCCCCCAAGCUUCCUGGAAAAAAGGACCGGGAGCCAGAAAAGGUAGAACGCGAACUCAUAACCCGCUUGCGUUAUGCAGUUCAAACCCUCUGCCAUGUUGCAGAUGACGCUUUGAAGUCUGUCUGGGAAUCAAUUAUUGCGACACUCGACACAUGCAGCGUAGUGAAUCAGAAUGGAAUGGUGAACAAGGGCGCUCUGCUUGACGCACUGGGAGCACUACAGCCAGGGGGAGCUGUCAUAGUAAAUAUCGGAGAGCAGAACGCCGCACUGCUUAUUCGGAUGCCACAGAGUGGUGAUAAUGUGGUCAUUGAGGCCUUUGAAACAUCACCAAGCGCAGAGCAAACACUCGCCGCUCCGGGAGCACUGCAAUGGACAUUCCCAGGAACGGCAGCAUCGCUGCCUGUCGAAGAGUUUAGAAAUCCGGUUCUCCAAGAUUCUCUUACAGACUUUCUCGAAAAGACGAGCACAGAACAGCUGGAGCGGUUUGCAGCCAAAGCAAGGAAAGCUGGGAAGGAGGUGGUCGAGAGACGCGAUACCGUCGACCCAGCCAUAGUAACCGACUUCUUGAUAACACUUCUCGAGAUCAACGGUAGCCAUAUAUGCCCGCCUGCACUACAGAAACGUGUUAAGGAUGAUGUAUGCUGGGACGAUGCUGAACUUCCGUGGCGGCGAUGUCCGUUCUGGCUUGUGCUUCGAGUGUCUAUCCAAAGAUUGCUCUAUUUACAUCUGGGCAGUGAUCUAGGCCGUUUGCAGUACAAGUAUCUGCUUUGCAUUGUCUUGGCACAAUUACUUGAAAAUCUCGUGGAAAGGAGAGUAUUGGAACCGGGGCAAUGGAGCUGGCUGAACACCAAACUGUGCCGUCGACUAGCCAAGCUGCAAACAGAAAGUCAAACUUCCUCAGCUGCAGUGAAAACUUCACAUGCCCACCUAUCCCGAACCCUAGAUCCUAUUUGCCAACGGUCUAUCACCGCUGCAAGAAAUGCCAUCAACAGUGAAUGGGAAGCAUUUAAAAAGCACACUAAGCGCAAAAUACCCCAGUUGCCUCACCAUGCGGGGAACAGGGACCUUUAUUUGAGUUUGCCCAACAGCAUCUCCUAUCUUCAGAGAGUCAUGAACCUUUCUCGUCCUGCAGUGCGCAGUACUCAGAGUGUGAAGCCAGCCGAUUUAUCCGGCAAAAUUGGAGAUAAUACCGAUGAUCAGUUUGUAUCUCUUGCUAAGCAGUACUCUGAAAUUGCCAUAACAGAGCUUGACAUUGAGUUGGGAAAGCAAAAGACGGCAAAGUCAAAGGAAGAAGGCGAAGAGGUGUGCAUUGGUAUUGCCCACCAGUUGGAACGCUACCUGGAAAUUGUAGGACAAUCUCACGAGCGAGAUCAAGAGCAAAUGAGUGUUCUGAUUCUUAAUGUCCUCGAAUUAUGGGUCGACAUGGACAAAUGUGCUACAAAUGCAUACCCUCUGCUCGUUGAGUAUCAUCCAGCUUUUUGUCCCGAGCUGUUGGAUGUUCUACUUUUGUCUCGCCUCAUUGAUUUAGAGCGUCUAAACAAGGUCCAGACAUACCUUCAAGGUCGCUGCACUGCAGCUACUAGGGGCAGUAUGACAAUUUUCACUGAUCCAUCACCAGGUUGCUUUGCCGAUCGCUUUUUGGAACUCCCGAUCGGCAGAGACCUGCUUCGGCUGCAAAAUAUAAUCGAGGCCGCAUCUUCAGGCGCUCGGGAUAGAAAGGAGUCAGAGCUGACGAGUGUCAACCAAAAGUUCAAGUCGCUGACGGAGGAUAAAGAUAAUAGCGCUUGUACCCAGCGGAGACACACCGACGGUACCCAUGAUAUCCGAGGAUGCCGCCACUGCUAUUAUAUCCGGUGUCGUCGACGUUUACAGAUCACUGUUCAUGAGGAUUACUUACCAACAGAUCAUAGAUUGUAUGAGAAGAGAGCGAUAGUGUUUGAGCUAGGGAUCCCCAAGGCAUUUGCCGCGUACCGAAGUGCGACUUGGACUAUCAUCAACCGAAUUGGACCCCCGAAAAACGUAACAGCCGCAGAGUCACCGCAGGUAAUGCUCCAGGGACACACUCCACUUUCCAGCUACAUGAAGACGAGAUCUAAGGGAGGCAUAUCUCUUGCAUCUCGCACGAAGUCUCAUCUGAGCACACAUUACAAGUGGAAGGCCUUGCCCGCGUCAACGAGAAGUAUUCUACGGCCUUUCGGACUGAAUUUUCUGUACUAUGAUUCUGACCGCCGAAUUUGGGCCAACGACAAGCUCGAGCCCCUUACAUUUGCGCACCAUUUCGUUCUUACCUUACCCCCAGACCUUCCUUUUGCGGGACUUUACUCUUCCUCUGAUUUUGCUCCGGAUGGCCCGGGUCCAUCUUCUUAUGAGGCCAUUGCAAAAAUGCGCGAAUGUCCACCAACAGUGACGGUGCAUGAGUUUUUGGCACACCAGAAUCUGAUGUCUGGAAAGCAUAGUCGAUGGCUGUCUAUCUUGACUGAGCUUGGGUCUUCCAAUAUCAAUAUCAGCUCGCUAGACGCAAUGACUUUGUUGCGUCACCUUGCUUUGCAAGUUGGUCCUAACUCACAGGAUGAUGAUCCCUUGCGCGUGAUACAUGGUGUUUUCAAAGAUCUUCGGUUUUGUCAGAGGUUAAUCGAGCAAGUUGACCAACAUGCUUCCAUAAUAGCCCCAAACUGGCGUGAAGUGACAUACAUGGAAAGUCUGCUCACCUUGACUAUUCAGGUAUACAACCUCGGGUGCCAAGCAUCGAGAGUAGAAGCGGAGAACUUGCUACUGAAGAUACGCCGCAUCACACUGGAAUGGAUCAACCACCUGCGAAUGGAGACCCGGAACGCCUUACAAAUUGACGUUGCAGAAAGAGCAGCUCGCUACUGCGUUCUAGCCGCUUUACUGUGUCGACGCACUUUCUUGCCACUAGCUUAUGUCGGUCGCACGCUUGACUCUGGAAGCUUCCAAUGCUUUAUCGAGGCUACAUUGGCAAUGCAAGAGAGUGUAGUAGUAGAUAUGAAGAAGUUUGAUCAUUUUACCCGCAGCAUGUUAGUGCGUGAUAUAAAAGCGUCCGUUCGACUUCGGCCAAUUAUGCAACGUGCGGUUCAGAUGCAUCCUGGAAGUAUCGCAUGUGCUAUCGACAACGUUUGGCUGAAAAACAGGGAUUAUACGCCAUGGGAAAGCUUGCCACGACCAUAUGAGUUGUGGAUUACCGCUGAAUCUAAGCCUACUGAGCACACAGUACCUCAGGUCUUUCACCUUCAUCUUUUGGAAGGUCACUUUCUUGUAGAUGGGAGGCCGUUGGGGAAGCUGCCAGCUGACAUUCGCGACUCAGAAAUACUCAAAGAGCUCUUUGGUAACCAGAGAUUGACUGCCUUUCCAUCGGAUCGGCCUGGCAUGAGUUACACUCUGGCAAUCAACAAAGAGGGUCAUCAAAUUCAUUUGGGACGUCGAGGUCAAGAUCUAGUCAUUCAAGCUACUACCGAGGAUAGUAGACUGCUGGAACUUGUUCCACGGACAAUUUUCGAAAAGGGCCAAAUCUCCGACUUGCCUGUACCUUUGGUUCGUGAUUGUGUGCACUGGAUUGAUUUGGGAACUGGGAUUAUCGAGGCUCGACGUAUGCCGGCUAUCUGGAGAAGGAGACCUAGCAACUGGUUGAUAAACAUUCGGACUCGGAGGGCGCAUCGUAAUGUCUCUACCUUGAUCGACCCUCACUCCCAACUAGCCAAGGCUGUCGCGAGUAUCUUCCUUCACUUCGAAGAACCGUCGAUGCUAACAAUCUAUCAACCGCUCAGAAGAGCCCUUUCCGUCGAGUUGAAGCGCAUGAACCUCAGGUUUCAGGUGAACAAGAAAAGAAGGCUAUUGGGAUGCCAACAGCUGAAUGCAGAGAUCGAUCCCAAUCAAGAUGCUGGUACCCUUUACGGGCUUGAAAGCAUGCUGGUUCUUCGAAACGUCCACAAUCGCUCACAGCGCAGCAUCAUAAUACCGCUUGGGAGAACUAGUCAUCGACGAUAUGGAGUUCAUGUGCAAGUGCGGAAACAGAAUGAUGGUGAAUAUGGAAGGUACAUGAUCGACGAUGUUCUUGGCCGGGUUCAUGGUCCCAUUGAGCCGCGUCUAUUGUAUAACUUGGCACAAUUGCACGCGCUUACAUCUUUCGUUAUUCCCGACCCCCUUACCAACCGAACUGGAACUGAAGAAGCGCUAUCAAUUCUAGAGUCGGCCUACUCGCUGCCGUGGAGUCCUCUGAGCUCGAACGUCAUAGAUGUGUUGCAUGACAUUUCCCAUCUCACGCCAAUACGACAGUAUUAUCCUAAAGGUGUUAAACGCCUGCAACUCGUGAAAUGGGACGAAGAAUUGACAGCAUCAACACAGCAUGAGGCAUAUAGGCUAGCAAUUGAUUCAAUCCUAAUCAGGUCUCAGAAACUUUCAAAAUUUCAGAUCGAUGGAACACCCUACCAACCGCAAAACCCCAUGAACGAACCACAUCUCAGCGAAAGGGCACGCUGGCGCCGAUCCUUGUACGAACGCUCGGGUGUGUCGUGUCAGCCCAUAAGCAGACCCCCCGAUGUUCCAUACUUCUCAAGAGCGGGAAACUCUACGCCUACGUGCAUCUCCAAUGUACGAGAAAUUGUGACUCUACUCCGAGAGCGGCCCCCCGUGAUUCGAACCACACACAAGCUUGCGGGUAUUAUGAAAAAGUGGCCAUAUAUUCGUGGCUUCAACAACACAUUUACUCCGACUUCUAUCCAAGAGAUGCUGUCGUUAGACCUUGCACCUAACUUCGGCAUGUUGGUACGCCUUUGCACAGAGUAUGAGCCUCAGGAUGCAUACCGCCUCAUGUUCCACCUAGGCCUAAUUUCGUAUGGCAAUGUUGUGAACAUGGAUAUGGUAAGGGUUUUGGUAGCCUUUUUCAUUCUGUCUGAUCUGAAAGAACUGGACUUGCCGUCCUAUGCUUCCUUCGAAAACUUCCCAGACGAUGCCCCCCCUGGCGUCGAGACACUGAUGACCCUGGCACGGCCCUUUUGCAAGCAGUAUCAGAGCCCGGUUGGCCAGAGAAACAAGCUUCAGAAGAAUGAGCAAGCAAGGUAUACAGACAUUAAAGCUGAACGUGCUAACCAUGAGAGGCAAUGCAUGGCUGAGAGCCAGUCGUUCGCUUUAUCCCUCCUUAAGGAAUGGCCUUGUUCUAGACCCUCAAACAUUUCUUUCUCGGGCAAUCACUUGGAUGUCAACAGUGCUAUUGACGCAGUUAGCCCGGAUUGGCUGCGGCGCUAUAAGAACCUUCGGCUUUCAGGGCUGGUCAAAAAUAUUCAGAAAAUUCUGAAUGCCUAUAGUGCACUCGUGAACAAUUUUGACGAUGCUCCUACCGAAGCUAAGCCUGAGCUGUUUAGGUCGCAGCUAAGAACCACCCCAAGGGUCAAAUUACAAUUAGACCAAGACCUCAUCCGCAAGCCGGGUCCAGAAGGAGUGUCGAGCUCAAGCUGCCCUCCACAAAUGAAUCAGAUGGAGAGCGCGCACCAUCCGAGCUCUACGAAGCAUACACCCUUGUCAGUCAGUAAGCAACAUACUAAACCGGAGAUCAUUGAGCUUGAGGAGAUAGUGCGCAAAAUCGCGAACUCAGGUUGCUCGGUCAGGUCGACCUAUGGCCAGGAUUUGCAGUUGAGUAUUGCUGCACUCCGGGAGAAGAAUGAACAGCCAAUGGAGCCUCGUGAAUCAGUGACAUCUUAUCUGGUGGAAAUGGCAAAGUAUGAUGAAGAGAUCGAAAAGGCCCACUCUGUUGUACGCCAGCUUUACCAUCAGAUAUGCGAAAAGCUUUCAGCCGGAGAUACCAGAGUCCUUUGGCUGCAACAAUGCAAUAUCUGGCCGUGCAUCACCCCGAGAACCAUUCUGCAACAGCUUCGAACUACCACAUGUGUCGAGUAUGGACCAAACAUGAAACUGGCCUUAAUAUCAUACGGCCUUGCAAUUGUUAACUUACAGCGCCUGAUCCGUAUGAAGGAGCUGUUUGCAAAAAGCGACCAAAGCAGGCUUGAACAAGAGCAAAAGUAUCCAUCUCACGCCAUUUGGGAUUACUUGAAGUACCCAGACUGGAUUCUGCUUGAAAUCGAUGGAAACAUGCAGAUUCGCCCAGAGCAAGUAACCGUGGCUCUGGAGAUGGUAUCUCCCACGUCAGGCUCCAAUUCCGUCUUGCAGAUGAACAUGGGUCAAGGCAAGACUUCGGUUAUCAUGCCGAUGGUCGCAUGUGCUUUGGCUGACGGCAACAAUCUUCUCAGGCUCCUAGUGCCGAAAGCACUGACGACGCAAACUGCACAGGUUCUUCAGGGCCGGCUAGGGGGCCUUGUCGGCCGGGAGCUUAUGCAUAUUCCCUUUUCACGGCGCACUCCCACAACCAUAGAACUGGUCCGGGAAUACCGCUCCCUCCAUGAGAAGAUUUGUAGCAGAGCAGGAGUCAUUCUGAGCAUUCCCGAGCACUCGUUGUCCUUCAAAUUGAGUGGGUUGCAAAGAGUUUCAGAUCUGAAGCUUGUUGAGGCUGUCGAAAUGAUAGCGAUUCAGAAUUGGAUUGACCAUGUCGGCCGUGAUGUCCUUGACGAGUGUGACUACACUUUGGCUGUUAAGACACAACUUAUCUAUCCGAGUGGCACACAGCUUACGGUGGAUGGACAUCCCGAUCGUUGGGAGGUGAUAAUGGCAGUUCUAGGCUUGGUAGCUCAACAUGUUCGUGACUUAGCUUCAGCCUUUCCUCAGAGUAUCGAUCUGGUUGAAAGACCGCUCGCCUCAUUUCCACUUGUGUUCCUACUCAGGCGGGAUGUGGAGGUUGCACUCACUGAGCGAAUCGUGCACGAGAUCUGUUCCGGCUACAGCUCAGUUCUUCCAAUUCAGAGCUGGACUGUUGGCGAUCAGGAUUUCAUCAAGCAGUUUAUCUCCCGGGAAAAUUUGGAUGCCUCGGCCACUCAGUGGAUAGAAACUCUGUUUCAAGAUGCCCCUGGAGCAUGCAAGCGAGCAUAUCUGUUGCGUGGUCUGAUUGUUCAUCGAAUACUUUUGCUGUGCUUGAAGAAGAGAUGGAAUGUUCAGUACGGACUGCAUCCGAGGCGCGAUCCAAUGGCCGUGCCUUUUCAAGCAAAGGGUAUUCCAUCAGAUUAUGCGGAAUGGGGGCAUCCAGAUGUUGCUAUCCUGUUUACGUGUCUUGCCUUCUAUCAAGAGGGCUUGAGCCAGGAGCAAUGCCGUCGAUGUCUCCAAGCUGUACUUAAGUCGGAUGAUCCUGCGACUGAGUACGAUCGAUGGACACAGACAUCAACAGACCUACCUGAAGUGCUACGACAUUGGAAUCUCAUCAAUGUCGAUGACCAAGGCCAAGUGGCCGAAUUUUGGUAUCAUAUGCGCUUAUCAAUGGUCGUGAUCAAUUACUUCUUAAGGCAUUUUGUCUUCCCCGUUCACGCGAAGCAAUUUGCGAUCAAGCUUCAGGCUUCGGGCUGGGAUGUUCCAUUUAACGAUUGUAACACAGCCGCUAAACGGACUGGACUUACGACCGGCUUCAGUGGGACCAAUGACAAUCGCAGACUCCUGCCGUUGACUAUUAAGCAACACGAUUUGCCGGAACUAUUGCACACGAAUGCUGAAGUCCUUACUUACCUACUCCAGAGCAGAAACAGGGAGUACAAGCACGCUGUCACAAACGGGAGACGACGAUCUGAAGCUGAACUUCUAUCCGACUUAGCAGACAGCAAAAUCCGUAUUCUCAUAGAUGCUGGUGCUUUCAUCUUGGAGAUGGAUAACUUGACUGUGGUCAAGACGUGGCUGGAGAAGGAUACGGCACCGCAGGCUGCAGUAUACUUUGACACUGACAAUAAGCCUUGGGUUUGGUACAGGAUCGGAAGAAAAUCGCCACUUCUAGCUACCCCAUACGCCGAUAACCUGCAAGAUUGCCUUAUUUAUCUUGAUGAGGCUCAUACCAGAGGCACCGACCUCAAACUUCCUGCUAAUGCCAAAGGGGCUCUAACACUGGGCCUUAACCAGACUAAGGAUAAGACUGUACAGGCGGCCAUGAGGCUUCGUCAGCUUGGCACCACGCAAUCUGUUACUUUUAUCGCGCCUCCCGAGGUCCAUCAAAGUAUCUUGGAUGUUAACCAGAAGAACCAUAACGAUAAAAUUGAUUCUUCUCAUGUGGUAUAUUGGCUUCUGUACCAAACGUGCGCAAAUAAUGCCGAGCUAGAGCCACUAUUCCACUCCCAGGGUGUUGAUUUCUGCCGCCGCAUCCAAGCUGCAUCGGAAUUCCCAGACUUCGUCCAAAACAAGACGCAUCGUGAGAAAUACAUGGAGAUUUUACAGCAAUCCGAGCAGCAGACUCUACAACAGCUGUAUAAGCCGCGUCUUUGUGGUUCUAGUGACGAAGAGAGGGGAUUACUGGCUGGUUUACCGCCGGCGACCGGAAGGGUGGCUGAAUUCCUAGAACAGCUUGACCAUAGGCGGAGAGAAUCUGACCUCCUGCAGAGCACAAUUACCAGCUCAGCUUUGGAAGAGGUUGAACAGGAACGGGAGGUUGCUUACGAAAUAGAGGAGGAGAGGGAAGUGCAACGCCCUCAGCGAUUGAAAGCCUACGGAUUCCCUGGGCUACAUCCAGCCUUAUCCCAUUUCGCCCGGACUGGUCAGCUGCAAGGCUUUGGAACCGUUACUGCGGCAAGUUUGCUUCAUGGAACCCAGUUGUCAAAGAAGUUCGGAAUCAAGGGCAGUAUUCUACUGCCUCAUUUGCUCGUAUCUGUGGAGUUCACAAGGACCGUCAAUUCGAAACAUAAGACAGGCGAUGAGUUCACGCGUCCUGUCAAUUGGCUACUUUGCAAUACAGAAAGUGAGAUAGCAGUUGUUAUCAUUCCCGAAGAGGCAGAAGCAUUGAUCCCCAUUCUGCGUACUUGCGGUGCUUCGUCAACGCACCUCAUCACAUAUGCAGCACCGGUUACGAGACGCAUGUUGCAUUUUGAACGACUUGACUAUUAUUCAAUCCCGCCUCUAUCUUCACCACAUGCUCUGCCACCAUGGUUACCGUUCGAACUUGGGAUUCUCGCCGGACGGCUGUACUUCGGAUAUGCCGAGUACGAAGGGAUAAUGGAACAGUUACAGCUGGGGUCUGACUGGCUAGAUGUCAGUAACCUUGCGUCACGGGAGUUGACAAACAAAAUGGGUUUCUUGCAAGAAUGGCUAGCCCUUCGCCGGCAAGGCCAGGACAUUUCUCAUACGCCCAUGGGCUACAUAUGCCAGCGGAGGCCUCUUCGUGUUGAUCACCCUUUCUUCGCUGAAGUGAAUGCACAAAACGGCCCCAGCCAUAUACUUCGGUCUUCUGGCUACAAGUCUGGAGCGAAGGAGGAAUACUACGACAGCGACGAGGACGAUAUGGGUGAUUAUGAAGUAGUUGAAGAUGAGACCUUUCAGGAUGAUCAUGAGCAGGAAGAUGUUGAUGAGCCCGAGUUUGACAAAGUCGAUGAGUUGAAUCACAAGGAUAUCGAAGAUGGCGAUGGUUACCAGGAUGGCGAGGAGAGAAAUUGCCAGCUUCAAUGA